AUGGCCGACGUCGUCCACCACCACCAAGCGCAGCGUGUUCCGCGCCAAUAUAUCAUGGCACUCCUUGACGCGCUCCCCCAUGCCGUGGUGCCCAUGGGCUUCGCCUCCCUUUCCCGGGGUGCCGGCCGUGAUCGCGCCUUCGUCCGCGGCCUCUGCCGCGGCGACUCUGCCCAGUCCAUGUGCCUCGUGGACUUGCAAGACGCCGUCCGGAAAUUGAGCGGCAUGUGCGCCUCCAGCCGAAGCGUGGAGGCAUGCUAUGACAAGUGCUACAUCAGCUAUGCCGACACCAACGACCAGUCCAUCUACGAGGGGCGCAUCGGCCAGAUAAUCUAUGACGCCGGCAAGGUGGUCGACCCGAUCAGCUACGACCGGGCGUACUACGCGCUGAUGAGCCGCUUGGUGGCGCGUGCGGCCUCCGGCGGCCGGAACCGCUCGGCGCGGAUGAGUAUGUUCGCCAUGGGAGAGGCGGUGUACAGCCGCGACGACCCCACAGGGACGAUGUACGGGUUGGUGCAGUGCAUGAGGGACUGCAGCGACGCCGAGAGCCAAUAG